AUGUUUAAGUUUUCUAACUUAUUUAAAGUGUUUGGAACUAACGGGUUCGCUCGUUUCAACUCUACCUCAGCUACAGUGUUCGGUGCGAAAGUAGAUCGGCGUCCGCCGCGUGCAGUAUGGCUGGAAAACAUGGACUCGCUAGAACCACACCAUACCGGUAUCAUGGAACUGGACAGUUCAAUAUUUGGUGCUGCGCCGCGAAUUGACAUCGUUCAUCAGAAUAUCGAGUGGCAAAGGAAGUACCGGUUUGUGAGCUUUGCCCACACGAAAACAAGGAACGAAGUACGUGGAGGAGGAAGAAAACCAUGGCCCCAGAAAGGAUUAGGAAGGGCGCGCCACGGUUCGAUCCGGUCGCCCUUGUGGCGAGGAGGCGGAAUUGCCCAUGGUCCAAGAUCCCCGACAACGCACUUCUACAUGCUACCAUUCUUCAACAGAGUGUUGGGAUUAGUUUCUACCAUGUCGAUAAAGCUAGCGCAAGAUGAUUUGCAUGUCGUAAAAGAUUUAAACAUCCCCACGGAAGAUCCCCAGUACAUGAAAGAUUUGAUUGCAGCUCGUCUAUGGGGUCCCUCUGUGCUGUUUGUCGACACGUCCGAUAUUCUUCCGAAGAACAUAUCCAUUAGUACAGAUGGCUUGGCGCACGUAAACUUAAUGCCAACGUAUGGGUUAAAUGUGUACUCGAUGUUAAAACACAAUACCGUCGUGCUAACGGAAAGUGCAGUGCGAGACAUUGAGAACAAACUUUUGGAACAUUUGAACCGCAACGAUGCUCGGGCACUAAUGACCAAAUUCAGACAUGAUAAAUAA